GUUGUUCAAAAUUUCAAUAGCAUGCUGCCACCAAACCUUGAAGUCGUGAAGAUUAUUGCUACUAUACUUGGAUUUGUGAUACAGAUCUUCUCAAUUGCUACAACAGUAUCGCUCAUUCAUAAUAUGGCACCUCCUAAGAGAGCUUCUUGAUGACUGGCACGAAUUCAAGAAUAGUUAAAAGUUUAGUGAUCUAUCGAGGCAUCUUCCUACCAUUUUCAGCCCCCACUCAGUGCAGGAAAAACCUUCUUUUCAACGUACCUGUAAACAGCGGCAUGGCUUGCAUCCAUUCUGAUAGUAUGGACGAUCUUGUGUUGAUACCAGCUGUUACUGUCGAUUUACAUGCAUGGAAAUGCAAAGUAACAGUUGUUCAUAAACACAGUGUAAGAGAAUCGAGAUCUUCACCAGGCAAAAAAUACAAACCAAUUAUAUUUCAAGAUUCUGAAGGCAACAAAGUACAGGCAAUGUUAUAUGACAAUGAGAUAGACGUACUUGAUGAAAGGUUGAAGUUACACUGCACAUACACUAUCUCAAAUGCAUCAGUAAAACCAGCUAGGGAAUUCAUCAAUUUGCCAGACCCAAAUUAUAGAAAUUUGUGGAACAUUACAAGGAGAACUAUGAUUGAAGAUGUUGUUGCUGGAGAUGAGAUAAACAUCAACGAACCGGUUCAGCCACACAUAACCCCAUUCUCAGAUUUUUACGCAUGUUUGUCAUCUCGACAACUGAUAAAUGUGCUAGCUAUUGUUAUUUGCAAACUACCACGUCAAUACAUUACGACAAGGAAUGGUCAACAAAAUAUUAAUGAGUUUGUGAUCAUCAAUGAAGAAUCAAAACCUGUUAUCAUCACUCUAUGGGGCAACUUUGUCAUGACUGAAGGAAUUCAAAUUGAUUUACAACUUAGUCAAGGCAAAUUUCCGAUUGUUAUUGCUCAGGGAGUUCAUGUAAAUGCAUUCCAAGGUAUUACACUGAGUACGAGAUAUGAUACCACUAUCGAAGUAAAUCCACCCGGACAACAUGCAACGGUUCUUAAUAAAUGGAAAGACAACAACUUAAGCGUUAUCUACAAAACAAUUGUAGACAAAACUUAUCUUGACUCUUUUCUCACACUCUCAAACGCAUUGCAACAACCAAAGUGCACCUUUGCUGAAAUUGACAAUGAAUUAAAGCAGAAACCUAUUGCAUGGGUUAGAGGGAAGCUUAGAAUGAAGAAUGUUGGUCCGCUUGAGUAUUAUAUUGGUUGCAACUAUUGCAACAAGAUAGUGAAUUCCAUCGAAGGAUUAAAACUCCAUUGCUUAUACUGUGGCCAAACUGAUGGUCUCACUGUCAGGAGGUAUAAGUUAAAUGUUGAAAUAUCGGAUGGUUCUACAAUUGUGCAAGCUAUUCUCUUUAAUCAUGAUGUGCACCGGCUAAUGUUGUUAGUUGGAAUUGAAAUGCCAACAACUGUUGAGGACAGUGAAAUAUUCCAACAAAAGUUAGAUGCUAUUGAUUUUGUUGUUGGUCUAAGGAUAAAUGCUCUAAAUGAAGAUCAUCCAUCGACAUUGACUUAUUCAGUAGCAUGUAUUUGUAAGGACAUAACAAGAGACACUGGUGAACAACAAGCAACACCACAUGCACGUUCAUCCAACAUUGUGGAAGAAACUUUUACGGUGGGCAAUCCAACAAAGAGAAGGUUAGACUUCGAUGAAUCAUCAAAACAUGCUACUGACAUUCUAGAAGAUGCUACAAGUAAAGAGAAAUCAGUAAGUCUUGAUAAAGGUAAAAGGGCAAAAGUCGAUUAAACAAGUUAGACGAUAAACUUUUUUUAACGCAUAUGUACAUUAUUUAUGGCUUGUAUUUUGUUAUCCCUCUUAAAUCUAUUUAAAAUUGUGGUUGUAU